AUGAAUGCAACGGAAUUAGCACCCAUCGUGUAUACAGCGUGGGGCAACACUCUCAACACUACCUCCUGGUCCACGGGAGCUGCGGUAGAUUGGUAUGUACCCGGAACCUAUCUCAACAAGACAGUGGUCGACGACAUAUUCCACUGGGGAGCAGAUUACGACGUUUCACCUCCGGUGUUUGCGACUUAUCCUGCCAAUCAUAGUACGCUUCUCAAUCAGACCGGGAUUUAUGGCCGCGAGGCGCUCUAUCUCUUGGGCAAGGGAUCUACUGACGAAUAUGCCUUGUGUUCUAUUCAAGCUUUCCUGACGCCCUUUUGCUUCACCAGCUAUACCGUUUCGUCAGAUAAUGCAAGUCUUCGGUCAAAUUGUUCUGGUCCCAAAACUGAAGAUCCUCACGAUAUGCGAUAUAUAAAUAGCUUAAUCAACGCAACGUCGGGAAACGACACUAUCAGCCACGACUGGCCCUAUCUGUUGACAUCUUGGUCCGACAGUCUUUCGCUCAACGAAGGCUUGUACGGAAGCGUUUCCAACAAUGCACAGAUCCUCACUCAACUGAUACUGCAAGACGCAGCGCUGAGCCCGAACAUGCCCAGUAUGGCUGAAGGAAUCGCAGUAAUGGCUGGCAGCGCUCUACUCAUGGCUUCUGAAGCAUCGCCUCUUGUGCAAUUUUGGAACUACACGACCCGCACAUUGUCUCCAGGGCAAUACCAAUACUUCAAUGCCACUCUCGAGACGCAAAUGUACGCAUCUGGAGGCAACGGGGAAACCGGCACUCACGCUUUCUUCAUCGUACUGGUGACGGUGUUUGUGGUCAAUAUCAUCUGCCUGGUCUACUUUGUCCGCGGUGACGGACUGGUCACUGAUUUUACAGAGACAUUGAACUUGUUCUCGCUGUCUAUCAACAGUCCGGCCUCCGACUUCAUGGCAGGAAGUUGUGCCACCGGUCCUUCGAGCAAACAUUUUGGUCCCGAGUGGGUCAUCAAGGCCAGCGGAGAGCAUGUGUAUCUAAUCAGUAAGGAAGAUUUGGACCCCGAGACAGAGUCUGGCACCCCGGGUAGCAUUGAUAGGAGUAUGUUGUCCCGCCUUAAGGGUAUGAUCGGACGAUAG